AUGUCUCUAAAAACAUAUUGUUUUCCACUGAAGACAGCAUCUGAAACAUUUACUCAACAAAAUAAUCUAUCGAAUUCUGAUACAUUAUUGAUUUAUUUUAAAGGUGAAAAAGGUCUAACUCAACCUUUAUCUUUACUAUUAAUUAAGCUUAAUGAAAGUGUAUAUGAAAACACAAUUGAAUUACUUGAUGUUGGAAAUAAUUCUUUCUAUUUUAUAAUACGAUUUUUUAAACUUCAACUUAUACAAUUAUUAUACGUACCGGAGGUAUUAGUCGCUUGUUUUCAAGCAACUAUUCGUCUAGCAUUGAUUGGUGAUGGUGCUUCAACACUUCCAUUUGAUCUAAAUGCUAGUACUAGUUCAAUUCAAUGUAAAGCUAAGAAUUUAUUUCAUUCGAAUUCAAAAGAUAUAUUUUAUAUUUCAUCAUUUCAAUCCGUUGAUGUUGGCCAAGUAUGA